AUGUCACGCGUUACGCCGCAAGCGACACCAACAGCUGCAGUUUUUAUUCCUCUGCUGGUGCCGCUGCUGCUGUUCCUCGCCCUCAGCUGCGGCGCCGCUUCAGCUGCAACCAGUGGAGAGGGCAACAUUCGCAACGAUGUUCACACCAGGAACUUCCUCAAUACAUUCAAGAGGUCGUUCAAGAACUUCGGAAAAGUCUGGAAGGGGGACGAUUUCUGCAAAUGGUCUGGGGUUAUGUGCGACGAGGCAAACAAUGAGGUCAGCCUGCUGCUUGUUGAUGACCGCGUUGAGGGUAAAAUCCCCAACUUCGACGGCACGUUUCAGCCCCAAUUGGUCCGCGUGGCAAGCGUAAACAUGAUGGGAGACCGUAAGGUGACUGGCGCCUUCCCAGCGCAAUGGGGUCAACUGUCGCACCUGCGAAGCAUCAUCCUGAACGGCACGCAACUGUCCGGCACCCUCCCAGUCAGCUGGGCCAACCUCGAAAACCUCAACGUUCUGGAGGUAAGUGACACGAAGGCCUGUGGGGACCUUCCCGACUGGGACGCAGCGCGGAUGAGAAAUCUGCAGUGGGCUGGAUUGGCGAACAACCCGAACAUGCGCGGCACACUAUCAGCGGUUUUCGGCACCUUCAGCGACCGGGUGUUUCACCUGGACCUCACCGGCACCAACUUCUGCGGCUGUGUACCCACCACGUGGAAGGGGACCACCUUGCGAAACGCCGCGAACAGCUUGCCAAAAGUUUCUUCCGCCAACUGCCUCACCGACAACAAGUGUACAGAUGCGAACAUGCUGUGCCGGCCUGACGUUGCGGUGAUGGGGCGGAGCCCGCUGUGGAUGGCCGCCGCGGUGCUCGCUGCGGUCUGCCUCGCCGUCUGA